GAGGAGAGUCACAUCCCAGCGCUGCUCCCUGGAGUUUCUGGAAGACGCUGCGGUCUGUGCCUCUGCACAGAGGACCAAGCACACGUCCGGGUCACCGCGACACACGGGUCUGAAGAAGACGCACUUCAUCAAGAACAUGCGGCAGUACGACACCAAGAACAGCAGGAUCGUGCUCAUCUGUGCCAAGCGGUCGCUGUGCGCUGCCUUCUCGGUCCUGCCCUACGGAGAUGGCCUGCGAGUCGGUGACCUGCGUGUGGACAGCCAGAAGCAGCGGCACCCGUCUGGCGGCGUCUCCGUCUCUUCCGAGAUGGUCUUUGAGUUGGAAGGUGUCGAGCUGGGAGCAGAUGGGAAGGUGGUGUCCUACGCCAAGUUCCUGUACCCAACCAACGCUCUGCUCGCGUCAAAGGGCGACAGCCACGGCCCGCCUCCCCAGCCUCGGCCCAGCGUCCCCCGGACUCUGCCUGGGGCAAGACACAAACCUGCCCCCACGAAGUCGGUGCCAGCCAGUACAGAGCUAGGGAGCGACGUGGGAGACACCCUGGAAUACAACCCCAACCUCCUGGACGACCCGCAGUGGCCCUGCGGCAAGCACAAGCGUGUCCUCAUCUUUGCCUCGUACAUGACGACGGUGAUUGAGUACGUGAAGCCUUCCGACCUCAAGAAAGACAUGAACGAGACCUUCAGGGAGAAGUUCCCGCACAUCAGACUGACGCUGAGCAAGAUCCGCAGCCUGAAGCGGGAGAUGCGGAACCUGUCGGAGGAGUGCAGCCUGGAGCCCGUGGCGGUGUCCAUGGCCUACGUGUACUUCGAGAAGCUCGUCCUGCAGGGCAAGCUCAACAAGCAGAACCGCAAGCUGUGUGCCGGUGCCUGCGUGCUGCUGGCCGCCAAGAUCAGCGGCGACCUGCGCAAGCACGACGUGAAGCAGCUCAUCGAUAAGCUGGAGGAGAGGUUCCGGCUCAACAGGCGAGACCUGAUCGGCUUCGAGCUCACGGUGCUCGUGGCUCUGGAGCUGGCUCUGUACCUUCCUGAGGCCCAGGUGUCACCGCACUACAGACGCCUCACCCAGCAGCCGUAGGCACCCCACCCAGGUCCGUCUGUCACAGGCCGCUGGUGCCUGAGGGCACCUGCCAAGGCUGUGGGCCUGGCCUGAGUCACCGGGCAGGGCGCAGCUCCACUGCUCCGGGGAGGGAGGGAUGUGGCUUGCGUUCUGAAGGGCAGCACACCUCCUAGGGCAUUUUCUGGGCAGCCCGGGCUCUUCCAGCAACAGGAUGGGGAGUCCUACCCAUGUGGCCUCCUGUCUCCCUCGGCCUCGCCUCGCGCACCUUCACAGCCUCAGUUGUCCACGCAACGUGCCGUGGGUCACCAGGCCAGCUGGCCUCCAGCGUCUGGGUGUGGAAAGGCCGCGCCGAGGACCCCACCUCUCCCUGCCUCCCACGCGGUGCUCCAAGGCUGCUCCACCUGCCUCCCUCCUGCUGCAGGGCCCUUCAGAUCUACAUUCCACUCCCCACUCUGGGUCUCAAGCAUCCUGUCACUGUGACACCCUGACGUCCCCCAGCCCCCCCUGCCUUGCACCAGGACGACCCACUUACCCACCCCCAGGCCUCACACGGCCAUCGCUCCUGAGCAGGACAAGCAGGGUAGCAAGGUGCUGCGGUUUGCCACCUGGGUCCCAAGGAAUGGGCUGAGCGCAGCCCAAGGCUGACGGGAAUCCCGAGGGAGCAGCCACCCCAGCACACGCCAGCCUCAGGCCAGUUAGUGGCUUCCCUCCCAGGCUGGACAGAUGGCCCGCCCAACUUAGCCCAGGUGCCUGAAGUCCCAGCACGAUUCCGUGGGGUCUGGUGCUGCAGCCCAUAGCCCAUGGUGGCUCUGAACUGACUGCUGAGGACUUCACACCAGGUAGUCCCUGCUGGCCUUUCUGUCUAGGCCACCAACCUUCCUUGUCAUUGGCAGACGCUCUGGGAUACCCCAUCCCCAUUCACGUCAUCCAUGCAGACUGGUGCUUCUGCCACAGGGGCUGCUGGCCUUGUGAUGGCGCCCCGGCUCCAGCAGGAGGGACAGCCGUUUCUCUUCCCUAACCCUCCCGGCCGAGACCGUGUGGGAUGGACGCCAGACCCUGGCCUUGCUCAGCACACAGCUGUCUGUUCAAGCCAAGGGCAGGCCCUCCAGCCCAACACUUGCGGUAAGGGCAGCACUCAACUGUGAUGCAGCUGCAUGCCCAGCGACCAUCCCCCGGGAGGCACCGUCCCAAAAGCCUGCCUGGCUCCCCACCAUGUGCACCUUGUAUGUUGCUGUUGGGGCAAAUGCCAGCCC